UUGAAGCUUCUGCUAUUGUAAGAUCCCGAAGUUUAAAUUCUUCUCUGAAUGUUAUUUUAAUUAGAUUUUAUCCUAAGAAUACUAUUCAAGAAUUAAGCUUGCCUGAAUUUGAAGAUAAAGAUGUAGUACUUACUACCGGAAAUUUUUGCAUCGUCGAAAAUCCACCAGAGUCAAAGCAAACAUCUGAUGCAAAAAAACCACACCCACCUCCAAACCGUAUUUUAGAACCACUUCUCGCCCAAGAGUGUCUGACUUAG